UGUACUAAUUUUAUGAAUGAAAUCGCGUUCCAUUUGUUGUUUGUUUGAUUUGGAAUGAUCCUAAAUAUAACGCGGUCUCGUUUUCAAGGUGAAUCUGUUAUCACAGAUUUAUCGUGCGUCCGGAUAUUUUAUCUCAUUAACCAUCGUGCGUGCAUAGAAGCUGCAGUUACAGUCCGAGUGUUUUGUCCGAAGAAAAUGCCAUGAGAAGAUGUUCCCAGCAAAGACUAGUUUGUUGAAUUUUCUUACCUACUGCUGGUUACUGGUGACUUUGAUCGACAGUCAGUCCUGUACGGAGAAACCUUGGGAAGUGGUGCACAGACGAUUAGCCACCAAAACCCCAUACCGACAUGUUCUACGAGAGCCUGCUUCGAAACCGAUCGAAAUCGAUGGUUGUCGCAUUACGAAAACAUGGGGCUUGUUCAGGCAUGGGACCCGAAAUCCAUCACGGAAGGUUAUAGAAGGAAUGAAUAGUGACUUGGUAAGCAUUCGAGACGAAAUUUUGCAGCACCGAAAAUUGUGCAAGAAGGAAUUAGAGUUGUUUGAGCGGUGGCAACCCGCGUUGGAACCCGAUCAAGAAAAGCUUCUGGUGACGGAAGGAGCGGACGAAAUGUUUCAAAUCGGACGACGGUUCAGACAACGCUAUGCCGGAGCACUUCCGGCUCACUAUCAUGUAAACGAUUUUUAUUUCAAGUUUACUAAAACGGAACGAGCCGAAAAUAGCGCUCGUAACUUUAGUUAUGGAUUAUUUGACCGGAUCGAGAACAUCUUCUUUCCGGAACCGUUGGCCAAAGAUCCAAUUCUAAGAUUUUACAAGUUGUGUGAACGUUGGAGACAGAACAUAAAACAUAAUCCGGAAACUCUGCGAGAAGUAGAUCUGUUUUACAACAGCAAGCUUAUGAAGGAAGUAAUUGGAAAAAUAUCCAAAAAAGUUGGAACGUACGUUGAUGCGGAAAGUAUUCAUUUGAUGUACCAGACUUGUGCCUUCGAGACAGCUUGGACCAAAGAGUACAUUUCACCUUGGUGUCUGCUGUUCGAUAAAUCAUCCGUUAAGAUUUUGGAAUUCGGAGAGGAUUUAGAAUACUAUUGGAUUGAUGGGUACGGUUACGACCUGACGUACCAACAGGCGUGUGCAGCUUUUGCAGAUCUGUUUCGACGAUUCGACGAAGAUCUUGAACCGUACACAUUCUAUUUCACCCAUUCUGGAACGCUUUUGAAAGCUGUGGCUUUUCUCGGGCUGUAUCGUGACGAUUAUCCGCUGACGCAUAGAGAUUUUGAACGAAGCCGAAAGUGGAGAGUCAGCGAAAUUGAUGCCUUUGCUACGAAUUUAGUGUUUACUAAAUUAGAAUGCUCCAACGGUACCCAAGUGAUGCUAAUGCACCAAGAACGUCCCGUAACUAUACCGGGUUGUCCCCAGAAUCAGACGUUAUGCGAUUAUCGUACACUCAAACGAAUAUUCAACGACAAAAUAGAAAACUGUGCUUUCGAGCCGAUGUGCUCGCUUAAUGUGCCUCGUAGGGAUGAGUUAUGACUAGGCGAGCAGCAAAGUCGCACAAGUAUAUAAUCAGUAAGAUUUUAAGAGCCUUUACCAUGUGGUAUAAAACAACAUUUGAUGUUGGAUUUAGACAAAAGUUAACCAUUAUAAUUGAUAUAUUCGCUGGUUGUUAGUCGUUAGGGCCAGGUCUGAUCAGCCGAAUAUGAUUCAUUACUGCGAGAAUUAUAUAUGCUAUAAUUAAAACUGCUUUGUUAGGUUUUGCUUUAUGAAAUAUACUGCCUUCAGAGGAAUGAAAUUUUUCAUUGUUUCAGGUAAUCACUAAAAAUAUUUUAGCUUCUUUGGAGCCUACUGCAUAUCUCACAAAUAUUUCCACCUGUGACCAGAAGACUCACAUCAACACAAAAUAGAGAUUUCUGACGACCGGUGGGAAUUUGGGAGAACAGAAAUAUACUGGAUAGGGUAACGGUACCCCUAUUCAUCUUAGCUCCAGUAGUCUUAUAUACGAAAACCAUUAGUAAUAGUGAGAUCUGCUGUCUCUAAUCGAUAGAUUGAUUUUAAGAGGAAGAUGAAACGCAGAGUGUUCGCUUCGACAUCAGAAUUGCACAAUUUUCGAACUAUUUUUUCGGUGGUAUUGCAUUUUAGAGCCAGCCGCAAAGAUAUUGUAUUCGAUUUUAUCACAAUUCGUUGAUUGAAAGUCGAAUAAACGGCAAAAUAACAUGGCGACUCUACAAAUGAGAUGACUAAUGGUACAAUAGUGUAUAUGAAAUGUACAGGAUAAUAGUAAUAUACAGGAUUGGAGCUAUGCUCGAACCUUGAGCUCGUAGUGAUUCAGGUUUACAACAUGGGGAGUACGAUCAGUUAUAUAAUUUUUAAUCAUUUUAAUCGAAUAAAUAGGAAACUUAAAGUCGGA